UCUCCUGUUCCAGCGUGCAUUCACCUGCCCAACGCGCGCACCUUUCCAACGCUUCAGUCUGCACAGCCUACUGCAUAGGCGCCGGCGCUGGAGAGCCCGCAGAAGCGCCCCGUUUGCAGAGGACGGCGAUGGCGAGACCCGCGGAUCCCCCCUCGCCCUGGCCGCUGAGCCCGGCGUCGGCGGCGUCCCUGGCGGUGUCCGCGGCCCAGCUCGGCCUGUGCUGGCUUCUCGGGCGGCGCGCGGGACGGCGCUACGGGAGCUCGCGGCUGGACUGCUGGGUGCUCAGCUGGCUGUGCUACGACGCGCUGGUGCACUGCACGCUGGAAGGCUCCUUUGUUUACCUGUCUCUGGUUGGAAGCGUUGCAGAAUCAGACAGCAUAAUUGCAUCGCUGUGGAAGGAAUAUGGCAAAGCAGAUGCAAGGUGGCUACACUCUGAUCCUGCUAUUGUCUCAGUGGAGAUACUGACUGUCUUUUUGGAUACCCUUUUGGCAUUAGUCCUCAUUUAUGCUAUUCUCAAACGGAAGAAUUACAGACACUUCAUUCAGAUAACAUUGUGUGUUUGUGAAUUAUAUGGUGGAUGGAUGACCUUUUGUCCAGAGUGGCUCACUGGAAGCCCCAAUCUCAACACUAGUAACUGGCUUUAUCAUUGGGUGUAUCUGGUAUUUUUCAAUGGUAUAUGGGUAGUUAUUCCUGGACUUCUGCUAGUGCAGUCCUGGAUAGAGUUAAACAAGAUGCAUCAUGAGAAAUCUAACAGGAGAAAACAUCAGUGAUCAAGGCAUUGGGACAAUAAUACCUGGUCACAGAUUUCCUGCAUGAUAUGUUCAGUCAAUCUGCACAGUACAUAAACUGCUUGUUCCCAUUUAAUUAAUAUGGCGAAAUAAUGUUAAACCCAUCAUUGAUAGGGAACAAUAAUCAAGUCACAUCCUCUUCCACUUUUAAAAUAUGAUGACUCACCACAGACAUUCCUUUAAUAAUCCACAGUGAUCCAGUCCCAGAAACCAUUCUCUCUCCAUCUUUCUCCAAAACCUACACAGGCCUUCAGAGGGAAAGCAGAUCUUUGGCCUCUUAGCUGUAGAACCUCCUGAAUAAAAUAAUUCUUUAGCCACAGGCCUCACCUAUACAAAAGGCUACUAGGAGAACAGAAACAUUCUUAAUGUCUUUUAAGUGAAAGGCAUGCAAGCCAUAGUUCUGUUUAGAUGCAACUGACAUUUCAAGUUGUCUUAGACCUGUUUUGCUUUAAGCAUAUUGCAGUGAAAAGUAAUUCAACUAUUAUAAUAUUUGAAGCCUAGAAAGUUUAUAGUAGCUCUGUAAAUUAUGUUCAUUAUCUACUGAUUUGCAUUGAAGUUUUUCUUUUUUUAAUGCUGCUUUUGACAAGAAAUAAGGGAUCAACACUAAAAAUGUUUUUAACACCGUGUCAAUUGUUUUAACAAAUUAGUUUGUAUAUACUUAUAGCUUUUUUAAAAAAAUUCUGUGGAAAGGGGUAUUGUAUAUGGCUCUUUGAAUAAAAUUUUUGCCUCUAUGAAA